AUGAAGUGGAUUGUUCUCUCCCUCGCGGCUGUCGCGUGUGCGCUGCAGACUUUACCCCCAGUUCACCUUGACCCUGUUGCCGGUAGGGGCUUCUCUCUAGACACAGCCAACCGUACCAUCUACCUCGAAGCCGACUUCGCCUCAUGGAGAGACCAGAAUGGCCUGACCUUGAUCCCUCCCUCGGCCCUCGAGUUCGCAACCACCUUUCGUGACGACCUGCAGGAGCUGACGAACCGCUCCUGGGACCUCCAAACAGUCACCCGAUUCCCCAACGCGUCAGGGGUGUUUCUGGGUCGCGUGUCGCAUUCCGACCGCUUCACAUAUGAGGAUGGCCGCGAGACUGAAGAGGGAUACGAGUUGAAGGUGCAGGAUGGGAGUGUGUUCAUUCGAGGAUCCGGUGCGCGCGGCAUGUGGUGGGGGACGCGAACGCUUCUUCAGCAGCUCAUCCUGACACGCUCGUCUAUCCCAGCCGGUCGCAUUGAGGAUGCGCCCGCCUACAAUACUCGAGGCUUCCUGCUCGAUGCCGGUCGCAAAUGGUAUUCAUUGGAGUUUUUGAAGGAUCUGUGCACCUAUGUCUCAUUCUUCAAGAUGUCCGAGUUCCAUUACCAUGCGACUGACAACUACCCUCUGAGUCGCGGUCCAAACGUCACAUGGAACGAGGUAUACUCGCAAUUUUCGCUGCAUCCUGAACACCCAAAUCUUCAGCCCCUUGUCCAGCGGCCGAACGAGACGCUGUCCCGGGCCCAGUUUGAGGAUUUCCAGCAGCACUGUGUCCAGCGAGGCGUGACAGUCAUACCGGAGAUUGAAAGCCCUGGUCACUGUUUGUCAGUCACCAAAUGGAAACCCGAGCUGGCGUUGGACUCCAGGGACCUGCUCAAUCUCUCCCACCCGGACACCAUUCCAUUGAUGAAGUCCAUCUGGACCGAAUUUCUUCCUUGGUUCCACACGAAGGAGGUUAAUAUCGGCGCUGACGAGUAUGACUCCACUCUUGCCGAUGACUAUGUGAAAUUCGUGAACGAAAUGUCUCAAUUCAUCCAGAAGACAUCUGGAAAAAGCGUCCGCAUCUGGGGAACAUAUGAGCCGUCGAAUCUCACAAUUGACAAGGAUAUCACUAUCCAGCACUGGCAGUAUGGUCAAUCGGAUCCAGUUGACCUAGCCCGCAGUGGGUACCAAAUCAUCAACUCUGAAGACACGUGGGCCUACAUGUCCCUGAAGAACGACCAUGUUCCUAUCAUCCCAGCUCCAUACCCUCAGUUUUUUAACAACACCCGUGUGCUCAAUUUCGCUGGCCGUGACGGAUGGGAGUGGACCCCCGAGUUGUUCAAUUCAGUAAACAUAACUGAACAACCGGAUGUACGUGCUGUGCAAGGUGCCAUCUUGGCCGCUUGGAAUGACAACGGCCCAGACGCGACUACUCAGCUUGAAGCUUAUUACGCAAUUCGUGAUGGCAUUCCGGUCGUUGCAUCGCGAGCGUGGUCUGGUAACCGUGGCCCACAAUUGGAACAAGGAAAGCUGGGCACGUCCAUGGCCUGGUUGACUUCUCGAGCUGUUGGCCAAAACCUCGAUCGCCAACUGAUUGGGGAGUCCCGAUCUAAGUCAGGAACUCUGCUGUCGUGGACAUUGAAUUCGCAGUCGAACCCCGAUGAGCACCAUUUGGGUCACGGCAGCAAGGGCAUGGACUAUACCCUUGAUCUUGAGGUUACUGGUCCAUUUUCUUUGCGUUCCCCCGACGCGAUCCUUACUCUAUCACCGGAGGGUCAGCUAACUUUUACCUCUGAUGGAUGGCCUUACCCUCUGCGCUCGGUCGCAGAGGCUGAUGGAUUUGACCAAAACCAACCAGGACGAAUUUGGGCCAACAAGACCACCUCGACCCAUGAGAUUGUCAAAGUUCCUCAGAAAUCGCGACUCACUAUUUCCACCAACAAGACUACUGGUAGUCGGGUGUGGGUGGAUGGUACUUUUGCCGGGCGCUUUGAAGUAUUUGUAUACGGAGGGAAAAAUCAGGUCUUUUCCUGGAGUCAGAUGGCCUUUGUGGCACCACUAGAGACUUUGCAAGGCUCGGGCUUGCACAAUCUGACUCUCCGUCAUGGAAGUAGACAUGUCUGA